GAAGCCCAAAGCCUGUGGGAGCAACAUAGCGAUAUGUACAGUAUGUACACAAUUGUGUGAAUAAUGAACAUUGAACUGGCACUCAAUUGUAAAAUUGGGGAACAAUUGUUGGUAGAGCGAUGGUCGUCUGAUACUGCCAUCUGCCGAGAGCCACGUAAUUUGAGGACGACAGUUGCGAGGCCGCCAGUUGGUAUCUCGGCUAACACCCAACGACUUACACAGAAUAGUCCUUGAUGACAGCGCGAGAGGGAGCUGUGCUGCAUGUACAAUUAUGAAGUCGAUGACUGUUCACAGAUCGCCAACUCAAUGGCUGACUUUAUUGAUGUUCCUUUCUUGCGCUGCAAUGUCUACGCUGGUCAGAGACUAAUUGAAUCGUGACCCUACAUCAAGUAAAAGGGAAUGAACCCUCGAUCAGAAAAGUUACGACUCUGUUGCAUGGUGGGGUUGAUCGCUGGGUUUCCCCAACAAGCAAUCUUCAGGGCUAUUCAGGGCCGAAACAAAGGGUCUGGAAAUGGGAAUCCGGAUGCGGGAACGAUUGACGAGAUGCAGAGUGCCAAGCGGGUAGCCACGAGAGUUGAAGACGACAGAUGCUCCGCGAAUGCGCGAAUUGACCGGUUGUAUCCUUGGAUAUCCACAAACGUGAAUGCAGUCGCCGUAGAUUGCGAGGUAUGCAUAUCAGCUCAGAGUGCCACCUCGCUCGCGAGCAUGAGCCUGUUACGGUAGGCAGUGGGCUGAGGCAGAGUGAUCUUGAGUAGUCUCGCACUCACAAACAAGAAAGUCACAGCAAGCGGAACCAGAGUCGAUGCUCAACGUUCUUGGUUAAUUGGGCGUCGGGCAGCGAGCAAGAGGAGGGCUGAUUCAAGACAUGAACCGUCACACGCAGAAACCACACGCCCCUCAGAUAUUAGGCGUUAUGUAGGCACUGUCGCGAUCGUGAUUUGCCUAGGGAGGUGAGUGAAAGGAAGGAGGGGUGAUAAAUGAGUUUGGCUCUUGGAUGAGAAGCAGAAGUGCAAAUGAGUACAUUGCAGUGUAGUGGCUACUACCUGGGUGAGGAACGUGGGAGUUAGCGUACCCAGUUGAAGAUAAUCAGUGAUGGUGUCGCGAAGGCCCUCGUGUGAUCUUCCAAAGUUCAGAUGGCAUCAUGAUCGACCAGAUAUGAGCAUAUGUUAAUGUAGGGACGCGCAUCUGCCGCCAAACAAACGCAGGCCAGAUCUCUUGCCCGGAGACUUCUGUAGGAACAGGAAGAUGGACCAUACCAAGCUGGGAACUAGCUGGGUUUGGGAGAUUUGGCGCCGGGCCUCGUGGACGUUACCAGUUCUGACCAAGCCACUCAGCGCCUCUCAGGACAUGAUGGAUGGCUAAAUAGGUUAGGUGGGAUGUGUACCUACAUGCUGCAUACCAAGGCCGUAAUGGUGCACGAACUCCUGGCAUCACCAAUUCCUUGGCCAACAGAGACAGCCAGCCAGCCUCAUCCAUUGAGACUGCCGUUUGGGCUGAGGCAGGCAGAGCGAGAACGCAGCGUCUCGCUUGCGUAAACCGUGAGAAAACACAGUGGGAUAUCGCAUCUUGGUGGCCGCUAAUGAUGGGAUGCUCGUUCUGUGGAGACGCUGGACUGAUUACCGUAUCCGUGAAACUGGGGGAACUGGCGUCUGUUCCCGUUGCUCGCCUCGCGCACCCGCGACAAGGCUCUUUGACAUUGCUCCGUUAUUGAAUCUCGGCUGGGUAGG